UUUAAUAGGAAAGAAAAUCAAGAUAAAAACAAAUAAGUCCAGCUGGCAUAUAUAUGCGUGUAUUCCUGUAUAUAUAAAUGCGCGCGGUACACACUGCACCAAUGCAUUAAAGCUAAUAAGGAGUGUUUUCUUGUGUGAUAAGUUUUGAGGGAGAGAGAGAAGAAGAAAUGUCUGCGUCGGAAUCUGAAGGACAGGUUAUCGGCUGCCACACUGAUGCUACCUGGAACGAGCAGCUUCAGAAGGCAAAUGAAAACAAGAAGUUGGUAGUUGUGGACUUCACUGCUUCCUGGUGCGGACCCUGUCGGUUCAUCGCUCCAUUCUUUGCGGAGUUGGCCAAAAAGUUUCCUUCAGUGAUGUUCCUCAAAGUGGAUAUCGAUGAGUUGAAGUCGGUUGCUAGUGACUGGGCAGUGGAGGCAAUGCCAACCUUCAUCUUCCUCAAGGAAGGGAAAAUCUUGGACACGAUUGUAGGAGCAAAGAAAGAAGAACUGCAACAGACUAUUGCUAAGCACCUCAACACUGCUACUACUGCCUAGAAAUAUACUACUACUCAGUUGCUCAGCUAGACUUUCAGAACUUCUUAUUUCUCUUGCAGACUUAUAGUAAUGUUGACAUUUAAUUCAAUAAAUGAAUAUGCUUUUGCUUGCUA